UCACCUGCAGCUCGAGAUGAAAGCCGAGAGGAUAAAACCACCAUCAAAUGUGAGACGUCCCCCCCAUCUUCACCCAGAACACUGCGGCUGGAGAAGCUGGGCCACCCUGCGCUCAGUCAGGAGGAUGGGAAGAGCUCGCUGGAGGAGCAGGCCAGCAACCCCAGCAGCAACAGCAGCCAGGACUCCUUGCACAAGGGCUCCAAGAGGAAGGGGAUCAAAUCCUCCAUCGGGCGCUUGUUUGGGAAAAAGGAGAAGGGUCGUUUGAUCCAGCUGAGCAGAGAAGGGGCCACGGGGCAGGUGCUGCUGACUGACAUGGAGGUGGGCAUGCAGGACCCUCUGGGGCUUGGCAAGUUGGGUGCUCAGGCCGAGAAGGAUCGUCGCCUGCGGAAGAAGCAUGAACUCCUGGAAGAGGCUCGGAGGAAAGGAUUGCCCUUUGCUCACUGGGAUGGCCCCACUGUUGUCUCCUGGCUGGAGCUCUGGGUGGGGAUGCCGGCCUGGUACGUUGCCGCGUGCCGAGCCAACGUGAAGAGCGGAGCCAUCAUGUCGGCCCUGUCCGACACGGAGAUCCAGCGGGAGAUCGGCAUCAGCAACGCUCUGCAUCGCCUCAAGCUGCGUCUGGCCAUCCAGGAGAUGGUCUCACUCACCAGCCCCUCAGCACCACCCACCUCCCGCACGUCAUCUGGAAAUGUCUGGGUCACCCACGAGGAGAUGGAGAACAUGGCAACUUCCACCAAGACGGACACAGAGGAAGGCAGCUGGGCACAGACACUGGCCUAUGGGGACAUGAACCACGAGUGGAUUGGGAACGAGUGGUUGCCCAGCUUGGGUCUCCCACAGUAUCGCAGCUACUUCAUGGAGUGUCUCGUCGAUGCGCGGAUGCUGGACCACCUCACCAAGAAAGACCUCAGAGUGCACUUGAAGAUGGUGGACAGCUUCCACCGCACGAGCCUGCAGUACGGCAUCAUGUGCCUGAAGAGGCUCAACUACGACCGCAAAGAGCUCGAGAGGAGGCGAGAAGAGACCCAACAUGAAAUCAAAGACGUGUUGGUGUGGACCAAUGACCAGGUCAUCCACUGGAUCCAGUCCAUCGGGCUCCGCGAGUAUGCCAACAACCUGGUGGAGAGCGGCGUGCACGGGGCGCUCCUGGCCCUCGAUGAGAACUUCGACCACAACAGCCUGGCUCUUGUGCUGCAGAUCCCCACGCAGAACACCCAGGCUCGACAAGUGCUGGAGAGGGAGUUCAACAACCUGCUCGCCUUGGGCACAGAUCGGAGGCUGGACGAUGGUGAUGACAAGACCUUCCGCCGCACCCCAUCCUGGCGGAAGCGCUUCCGCCCGCGGGACGUCCACAGCAUCAACAUGCUCAGCGGCUCCGCUGAGACCCUGCCCGCCGGCUUCCGCGUCACCAGCCUGGUGCCGCUGCCCCCUCCAGCUGCCCCUGCCAAGAAGAUGCCCCCAGAAGCACAUCCCCACUCUCCGUACGGCCACGUGCUGGCUGCCUUCAGGACAACAGCCCAGCAUGUUCCUUGGCCCAACAGGCGCUGCAGUCUCGCUGCUGUGGACCAAAAAGGAUGCUCUCCCUUCUGCUUGUGCACCCCACCGCCUCCCCCAGUUCCCCAUGGCUCCUGCCUGUGGCUUGUUGCCCACCUCUCCCCGCACUGGCUGCGGAUGCGCUCGCUGGGUGCCUGCUCCGUCGCUGGCAGAAGCUGGUGCAAUCCAGGGGAGCAGCAGAGACACCCCAAAAGUGGGCUGAGAUCUUUGGAAACCUUUCUCCUGCCUGGUUCAUGUUGCCAAUACACCGGGGGCUGCUGCACUGACCUGCCCGAGCCCUGGACAUCAGGGAUGCUGCUGCCCACAGGACUUGAAGCCAAGGAAGAUUCAGGCUUGUGA